AAAAGAUUACAGGCAGUUUGUAGUCCUGUGCAACAUUGUUGGAAGUUGAAAUCUAUGGCAUUCAGACACUAUGCAUUCCAGCCCUGAACACGGAGGCAUUUUAUUAUUGGGUGUUUGUCUUCUGUCCUCACUGCUACUCUUCACAACACCAUCCUGCCAUGGAGGAAAGGUCCUCGUUUACCCAAUAGAUGGAAGCCACUGGGUCAACAUGAAGGUGCUUAUUGAAGGGCUCCAUGCCAGAGGCCACACCAUUAUUGUAGUCAGAUCCUCGACCAGCUGGUACAUCACUGAGAAGUCUCCACUAUACACCUCCAUCACCAUCCAGGAAAAAGUGGCCUUUGAAUAUAUUGAGGCAUUCCUAGAGAAACAAAUGAAGGUUCAGAGAGAUGGAGCAUCGGCUCUGAAGUUCUUAAAACUAACAAAGGUGUUCCUCAGCAUGAUAGAAGAAGCCCACUCCUUGGCCCUUGAGACGUUGGCUCGCAUCUUCAAUGACAAGGAACUGAUGAAGAGUCUCCAGGAGGCUGAGUAUGACAUGGUUCUCACUGACCCCAACAUAGCUUCAGGGCUGCUUUUGGCCCAUCACCUCAAACUGCCUGUGGUGUUUAACGCCCGCUGGAUAACCAGUGGGGAAGGCCACUCUGCCAUCGCCCCAUCUCCGCUGUCCUACAUCCCCAGCCCAGGGUCAGGGUUCACUGAUAAGAUGACAUUUGUCCAACGGGUCCAGAAUGUGCUGUUCCACAGCAUAAUAAUGUUUCAGCAGAAGUUUCUCUUGGGACCGAGUUACAACAGAUUUUGCACCAAGUACUUCAAAGAGGGAUGUGAUAUAAUCUCCCUGAUUCAGGAGGCUGACAUCUGGCUGAUGAGGUCUGACUUUGUUUUUGAGUUCCCCCGGCCGACCAUGCCCAAUGUGGUCUACAUGGGAGGGUUCCAGUGCAAGCCGGCACAGCCAUUGCCUACAGAGCUGGAGGAGUUUGUCCAGAGUGCCGGGGAGCAUGGGGUGGUGGUCAUGUCUUUGGGGACUCUCGUCAACGCACUUCCUACUGAUAUCGCUGACCAAAUCGCCAGUGUGUUCGCCAAGCUGCCUCAGAAGGUGAUCUGGAGGCAUGUGGGUGAGCGGCCCUCUACUCUGGGCAACAACACGCUGUUAGUUAACUGGAUGCCCCAGAAGGACCUCCUGGGUCACCCUCAAACCAGAGUCUUUGUGGCCCACGGGGGAACCAAUGGAGUCCAGGAAGCCCUCUACCAUGGCACCCCAGUGCUCGGAAUCCCCCUGUUCUUUGACCAAUACGACAACCUUCUCCGACUACAGGAGAGAGGUGCCGCAAAGAUCCUGGAGCUGGCCAACAUCAAUGGACCCAGCUUCCAGCAGGCUCUAAACCAGGUGCUCACCCAGACCUCCUACAGGGAGAGCAUGCAGAGGCUGUCUGAUCUGCACAGGGACCAACCCAUCAAGCCCAUUGACAGUGCCCUCUUCUGGCUGGAGUACGUGAUGCGCCACAGGGGGGCGUCUCAUCUUCGUACUUCGGCCUACAGGUUGCCCUGGUAUUCCUACCAAUCUUUGGAUGUGCUGCUUCUGCUGCUGGCUGCUGGAGGAGGGGUCCUGCUCUUCACUGGGUUCCUGGUCAGGUUAUUUUGGAGAACCUGCCGGAAAAACACAAACAAAGUCAAAAAACACUAACCAAAUUGAGUUGUCAUUGUUCUGUAUGUAAAUAUAUAUGUAUAUAUUGGUUAUUCUGAACAAUCCAAAAAAUGUUACAAAAUUUUACUUUUUAGAAUACGGUAAUAUAAUGUUUUAAUUGAUUUUAUCCAAUGAUUAUAAUACACAGUUUUUGUGACUGUGUCAUUAUUCGGUAUGGGUAGCAGGACACACGUGCAGAGAUUUCAAAAGCAACAUUUGUUUAAACAAGAAAGACUCAAGCAGCACAGCCGUAGACAUGAACGCACACAAGUCCAACCUGGGGCAGGAGGAACUUAAAAAGGGACACACUGAGGGGGCAAACAAGACACUGGUGUAAACAAUAAUCCAAAAGGACAAGCUGUGUUCAAAAUCAAAGGACAAAAACCACAGGACCGGCUACAUUCAAAAACAAAAGCAAAAUGUAAUCAAACACAAAAGAAACUCGCUGACAUUUUCUGCAGUGAAAGUUAGCAUGAAUGAACACUCAGCAGUGCAUAAGAAAUUCAGUCCAUGUAGCCCUGAGAAAUGUCUGAUAUUUACCAUAUUUUGAAAAGUUGGAUUUUCAUUUAAAUGGUCAAAACUAAAACUCAAAUAUGGCAACAAAUGAAUCCUUCUGAAGCAAUUAUUUUGGUAGGAUUGUCUGGUUGUGGGGUGAUCAACUGGAAAAUUGAAGUUGGUAGAGACGUUUGGAAGUCGUUAUUACCAUGUUACUAACUUGUAUUGCAAUCAGGCAAGAUGGAAGUCAAUUAAUGCAAAACCAGCUCACUAGACAUGUUGAAUGUUAGGUCAACAAGAAAUCAGAAAUUUGGAAAUCUGUAGGAAUGUCUGCCAGGGUCUGCCAGGGUCAAAUGACUGCCAGGGUCAAAUGUCUUAUACCAUAUAUCCAAAUCCUGCAAAUCACCAAUCAAUUACAAAUUAUAAUUCAGCCUAUAAGUAUAACAAAAAUAAUUUUUAAAAACUGUUUUUUUUUUGGCAAAGGACAUUUGCCAAAAAAAAAAAGCUAAAUACAUCGUAUUACGCAGAGUUAUCACUGUGAUACAUGGAUGUGUACCUAUGUUGUGUCUUUAUACUAACUCUAACAAUCUUAUUAGAAUACCAAAAAGAGAAGGUUAAAUGAAACCCUUGCAAUGCUUUCUUGCAAUUGUUAUUGUAAUGAUGUCCCCUGAACAAAAUUAUAUUUUGGUAAGGACUGUGGAAAGGUAUUGUUCAAAAUACAAAAUACAAUACUCUGAUGAGUCAGGUGAUCAGGUGUCAUGCCAAACCGAGAAAAUGGAAUUCCAGAUGUUGAUUUCUGUCGGUCCCAAACAUCAAUGGUUCUAACAACAGACUGUGAUUAUAGCAAAAACAGUGGUUGUUUUGUGAUUUUUUAAUUUUUUAACUCACUUAAUAACAGACUUGAAAACAACUUUCUAUGCUGUUCUGUGAAAGAAAUAACAAAACACUUUGAAUUGUUAUUUGUAAUAUUU